AUGCUUUCAUCUACUUUAAGAAAUACAGUUUCUCGUGGAUUCUCAAAUACCGCUGCUAAGAGCACAAUUGGAGCAGUUAGAACUAAGAUUUCAUUGCCAGAUUUGGACUGGGACUUUGGUGCAUUAGAACCACACAUUUCUGGACAAAUCAACGAAUUACAUUACACCAAGCACCAUCAAACUUAUGUCAAUGGUUACAACACAGCAAUUGAGCAACAAGCCGAAGCUAAGUCUAAGGGCGAAGUCAAGAAGACCAUUGAAUUACAAAAGAACAUCAACUUCCAUGGUGGUGGAUACACCAACCAUUGUUUGUUCUGGAAGAACUUGGCACCAGAAAAGCAAGGUGGUGGUGAACCACCAUCGUCGGACUCUGAAUUGGCACAAAGAAUUGCUGCUCAAUACGGAUCGAUCGAGAACUUGCAAUCGAUCGCCAACGCUAAAUUGGCCGGUAUUCAAGGUUCUGGAUGGGCCUUCCUUGUCAAGAACAAGGAAAAUGGUGGAUCCUUAGAUGUUGUUACUACUUACAACCAAGACACUGUUACGGGACCAUUAGUUCCAUUGCUUGCAAUUGAUGCUUGGGAACACGCCUACUACUUACAGUACCAAAACGUUAAAGCUGAUUACUUCAAGGCUAUCUGGAAGGUUAUUAACUGGAAGGAAGCUGAGAAGAGAUACUUAGUUAACUAA